UGGAAUACUGAUAAUGGCGACACCAAGAACAUUGAGCAUGUUUCUGUUUAGAGGUGACUUGAGCAGAUUGGCCACAUCUGUCAAACUUUUACAGCACACAGCAGCAGUUAAUAGUUGUAUGAAAAGCCAUGAACGAUAUAAAUUUACAUCCCCACAAAUCCAUCCAAAUCCAAAUGUAAAAUUUAAAAAGCACAGGGCCAGAAAAACCAUGAAACAGAUGUGGGAAUUUAUUGAGGAAAAACCAGAUCCACAUCACGUGACAGAACCAACCCGCUUAUAUACAAAAGCCAAGGAGAUAGCCAUUACAUCUAUUGGAACUAUUAUGAACCCAUAUAUUCCAAUGGAGAAAGAUGUCAGAAAAUCACUGAGUGAAAAAGAGUCAUUUGAAGAAUUCAGAAAGCGAACUCGGGCUAAGAUCAACAAUAUCAGAUUUGCAAGGAUUGUUAAGAAGUACGAUAAGACACAUAACCAGAAGGAGUUUCUAGCCCAGGCUCACCACAUCUAUAUCACAGCGCAUAAAUGUAUCGCAAGGAUCAGAGAAGAUGAUGAAGAAUUACUGGAUUAUGUCACGCAGGAUGUUUUUGGGCAAAUGACGAAUGGCAUGUAUGACAAGACUCUACAAUGGGAGUUUAUUGAGUCAGUAGAACAGCCAAGAAUAGUCAACGUAGCAGCUGGAGAUUUAUUGGUAAAGGAUAACGCCUAUGCCCAGAUUACUGUCAGAUUUCAUACCUUACAGAAACUAGCUAUUUAUAACCGCUUUGGGAGGCUGACGUAUGGUGACAGGGAACAGCCUCGCUAUGUACUGGAGUAUGUUGUGUUUGAGAAACAUAUCUCUGAUACUGAGGGAAGAUGGAGGAUCGCAGGUAAAGUCACACCUGAGUGGAAGAAAAAAGGCUUCUCCUUCCUCCACACAUGGAAACAGGAAGUUCCCGAGAAGGAGCCUAUUGGAUUAGAGGACUUGGAACCCUUUAGGGUUCAUCGAUGCAAUCCCGAGUAUCCUGAUGAAAUGACAAAUUAUCCUGAGGAACAAAGUCACAACGUGAAAUCAUCUGUAGAGACUGGACAUAACAAGAAUAGUCUGAAAGAAAAUGAAAAGUUUCAAUAAAUAACAUUAUCUCUUUUUGGAGUGGAAAUUGUGUAAUUCAUUUUGUAGGAAGGAGGACUUUUCACAGAGGGUUCAUUACUUAUGCUUAAGUAAUGGAUUUAAUGAUAGAAGUACACUACAAUUAAUUAUUAACGUAUGACUUCUGGACUAUUUCCUAAUGGUGUUCAGUAUUUAAUAAUGGAAGGGAAACAGUGCCUGGCCCAAGUGUGCACUGUUUUGUAUACAGGUGCUUGUGGAUCCAUACCAGUAUUGUGGAUCAAAAUAAAGAGUAUCAUUUGA